UGGUGCAGCGAGUGUCAAGGCAGAAUGGCAGGCAUCACUGCUGCAUAUCUCUUUGGUUGUAUUGCCUUGAUUUUAAACAAACAAGCAGGUGGUGAACGAGUGAGGUUAGUAGAUGGUAAAAAUCGCUGUGAAGGAAGAAUAGAAGUUUUUAAAAAUGUAACCUGGGGUACAGUUUGUGGUGAAAAUUGGUAUUUUGAAGAUGGUGCUGUUAUUUGCAAUGAGCUGGGAUGUGGUGACUUCCUUCGUGCCUAUGAUGAUCCUGAUGAGUCUGGGAUCAUCCUGCUAACUGGAGUAAAUUGCAAUGGAAAUGAAAGGUCUCUGUUUGAAUGCACAUCUGACCAGCAAGUUGAUGAAAGCUGCACUCAUGACAAAGACACUGGACAAGAUUGCUCUGGAAAUAUAGCCAGCUUUCCUUCAGGCCUGUGUUAUGGGCUCUUGGAGGUUCGACUUUAUGGAACAAAAGGUCCUGUUUGUUCUGAGAAUUUUGAAUCCUCAGCCGCUGAUGUGGUGUGUAGAGAGCUUGGCUGUGGAGUUUCACAAGGUGUCCAGGUUACAGACUACAGCGAUGAGGAUGGAAGGCAAAAGUGGACAGAAGAGUUCAAGUGUGAUGGGAGUGAAGAUAAGUUGUCUUUUUGUCAAAGACUGCAGAAAAAACAUUCAAAUGAUGAAUGCGAAAAAGUUGUUAAAAUUGACUGUUAUGAAUAUACAAAUUAUGGAUUAAGUGAUGAAUGCUCUGGUAGAGUGGAGCUGCAGUAUGAUGGACAGUGGGGGACAGUGUGUGAAGAGGACUGGGAUUUAAAGGAUGCCACUGUACUGUGUCGCCAGCUGAAUUGUGGAUAUGCUGUAGCGGUUACAGGCUAUACAAGACUUGAUAAUAAUACUGGAAAAACUAGCACUGACAUAUUUAAUUGUGAAGGAAAUGAAACAGAAAUGUCAAUGUGCCAAAUAUCAACUCAAGGAUAUAGCAAGUGUUCUCUGAAAAUGGACGCUGGAGUUAUCUGUUCUAAUGUUCCAGGUCAUUUCAGACUUCUGGGUGGACAGACCCCCUGUGAUGGAAGAAUUGAGGUGUACUACAACGGUGUCUGGGGACGACUACUUAUUGAUAAAUGGAGUCAGAGUAAAGCUUCUGAUGUUUGUCAAAAGCUUAAUUGUGGCUUUGCAUUACACAUUUAUAACUCAUCCCGCUAUGGAGUAGGGGACAGUGACACAUGUCUAGGUGGCAUUCACUGUGAAAGAGAAAAGGGAAUUUCAUUAAACUGCACUAUGGAAGUGACUAACUGUAAUUCUGGUGAUGACAUUGGUCUACUGUGCUCCCAUCACACAGCCCUUAGGCUAGCUGAUGGAGGAGGUGACUGUGCAGGAAGACUGGAGAUUUAUUAUAAUGGAACUUGGGGCACAGUAUGUGAUGACUUCUGGGAUCUAACUGAUGCUGAUGUGGUUUGUCAACAGCUGCAGUGUGGACAUGCUAUUAGAACAUCAGAUUCAUCUAUAUAUGGCGAGGCAACUGGUCCAAUUUGGUUAGAUGAUGUCAACUGCCAUGGCAAUGAAUCAACACUAUGGGAAUGUGAAAUGAACAAUUGGGGGAUUCAUGACUGCGGACAUAAGGAGGAUGUGGGCCUCUUGUGUUCAGAACAUAAACAACUAAGGCUGGUGAGUAAUGAGUUUGACUGUGCUGGCCGACCAGAAGUUUUCUACAAUGGCACUUGGGGACUGAUUUGUAGCAAUGGAAUGGAAGGGAUAACUGCUUCUGUGAUAUGCCAUCACCUCAACUGUGGAGACAGUGGCUCUGUCUCAGUCACGGCUGCAAAGAGUCCUGCGAUUAAAUGGCUCGAUGAGGUUAAAUGUAAACGUCAUCACACUUCACUAUGGCAGUGUCCUGCUUUACCUUGGGGAGUAAAUAACUGUGCAGAUGAGGAUGUCACUGAAAUUGUAUGUUUAGGUAAAAGAAAUAAAGAAAAUGUGAUACUACCUUGUUCAGUUGACCCAUCCCAGAAGCACUGUAUUGAACCCAAAUCAUUACGUCUCAUAGAUGGUCCAAGCUCUUGUGCUGGCAGGGUGGAAGUGUUGUACCAGGAUAUCUGGGGGACAGUCUGUGAUGAUUCCUGGGACUUGGCAGAUGCUCAGGUGGUUUGCACACAGCUCGGUUGUGGAGAAGCACUAAGUGCACACAGUGAGGCUUCCUUUGGAAGUGGGAAUGGCUCAAUCUGGCUAGAUGAAGUAAACUGCAAAGGCAGUGAACUGAGGCUGUGGGACUGUCAGCAUGCAUCUCUGGGGAACCACAACUGUCAUCACAAAGAGGAUGCUGGAGUUACGUGUACAGAUAUCAUCAAGCCCAGGAUAGUUUAUACACCUCAGAGGGACCAGAAUAUCUUAUGGAUUGUAUGCAUCAUACUGGGUGCUUUAAUUUUUGUGUCCUUCAUUCUUCUGUUUGGGCAACACCUACAAAAGCAAACAUUAAGGAAAGAGAUUAAAGCAGUGGAGCUCACACAUAAUCCUCGCCAAGAAAUUUUUUAUGAGGAAAUUGAUUACCAGUCAACAAGACAAAGGACAUACAGUUUCCCCAGAAAAGAUAGCAUAUUUUCUGAUGAUCUAUCUUAUGAUGAUGUUGCAGAACAUUAUAAAGGUAGCAUGCUUCCUGAUCAUGUACCAUAUGAUGAUGUUGCUGAUGAAUAUACAGGAAGUAUUCUAUCGGACAACCUUACUUAUAUAAAUGAUGAUGUGGAGAAUUAAGACACCAUGUAGGUAACAAUACUUCUGCAAGCAAGUAUUUGUGGGUACUAAUAGUCCAGCUUUCACCUGCUAUCUCUCUUUUGCUUAUGAUGCAGCAUCAUUCAAGUUUAGUACUUUAAACAAGAAUUAGACCUUAUUAAACAUGCUCUUUGUACUCAUACGAUUGAAGAAAUGAAAAUUAUGUGCUUGCUGAGAUGACAGCAUCUUAUUUUUUUA